CACACGCAGGAAAGUACACACACUCUCUCAUGGCGCCGCGGCCGCUGCUGCUGCUGCAUUGACCCGAAAACAACAAGACGGACAGCGACACGUUCACACCGAAAAACGGCUCAUGUCACGGUCGUAGAAACAAGAAGUAAGUCUCUAAACUCGCUCUAGUCGAAGCUCGGCGUAGAAACGGUCGAUGGAAACGUCAGCGAAGCGGCGUCGAAGCCUUCGUUUCCUAAUGCUAGGGAGCUAAUCUCAGGAGGCGCCGUGUUUUUACUGGAAGCUGAGCUGCUGUCUUGUUGAUGUUGAUUUAGCUGUCUUCCUAUCCAAACUAACCUUUUAGAAAACACUUAAGUGUAAUUUUGCUCUCUCUUUCGUUAGUAAACCUCAUGUAGUUAUGUAUGUACAGGCCACUUUAGCAGGAAACGUGAGGCGCGUUUCUGCGCUGUAACUGACAUUAGCAAGGCAUCUGAUCCAGAGCAUAGCCAUAUCCCAUCUGCCUGUUAGUCCUGUUUAGAUGGAUAAAAACACUGAGAGCGGGACUGUUUUAUGUUUUUUGAACAGUGUAGAUAAUUAAAGCUGCGUUAGUCUUCUUAUAUAGAAGAUUAAUUUAAUUUUAAUAUCAUGUUUUGGUCUAGCUUACGACACAACAAUGGAGAAACCUCCCUUCAGACAGAACCAGAGCUGCGGAGACUGGGAGCUGAAAGAGAGGCUGGGCAUGGGCGGAUUUGCUCAUGUUUACCUCUACCAACAUCAUGUGAGUUUACAGCCACGAACAGGCCUGACACUGCACACAUGUGACACCUCACUCAUUUGGAAAGGACUCAAAGAGAUACUACACAAUGACUACUAAACCCAUACAUACCUACUUCCUUCUCAGAUGAUGUGCUUUUACACAUUUUUAUUCAUAGUUUUGCAAAUCUUCGUCUCAAUAGAGGAUAAUUAUGAGAAAAUCAAGCCUUAAAGUCCUGUGAGAAGUCUUAACAGGAAUGCAUCAGACAGAGACGAAGCCAGGUUAUUAUUCUGUGUUCAUUUUGUUUGAUGAGCGUGUGACCAUGUAUCAACUUUAUUAAAAUACACCUUAAAACUUGAGUAAAUAGUUGGAGUGUCGCAGAACCACACAAAAACUCCACGCAGGACGCUCUGCUCAUACACCGCAGGAGUGUAAACCAGGUUUAAACCAACAGUGAUGCCUUUUUUAUGACCUUGAAAAGCAAACAGGUCCACCAGCAUCGAGAAUGACAGCAACCAAGAUCCUCUACAUCUCUUUAAAUGCGUCAUAAAUUCCUGGAAAUUUCCCCAAAUGUUCAGGAUGAGCUGCGUGUGUGAACGCAAAUGCCACAUUUUCACGCCAACUUAGUCCUGCAAGCCUGCUAGUAAAAGUCCCACAAUAAGUGAGAGUAUACUGAUGUCAAGAGGCAGAUAUGACGAUACAUGUACUCACUUCAGCUCAACAGCAUGUUUUUUUCUUCUCUUUUAAAACACUGUGAACAUGUACGAUUAUGCUCAUGUCAAACCGCCAGACUGUUGCAUCAGUCAACAUCGUGCAUGUCUUAAAAAAGGUUCACAGUAACUACCAAGUCUUCUGUCCAGAUGUGCAACUUUGGAAGAUUUGUCCUGAAUUUUUAGAGGUUUUUAGGAGAGUAUGUGUGAUAAACUUGAUAUUCACAAGAAAACAAGAUAAAGUUACUCUGCUAAGAAGCGUGACAUUAGGAUUGGGCGAUUUGGCAAAAAAAAAGAUCACAAUUUUGCCAUAUCAUCCGAUCUCGAUUACUAUCAUGAUUUUUUUUAAAAUGCCAGUUUUAAAGCAGCUGUACUAAAAACUAAAGAAACUAGAGAUUAGUUUAACAUUUUAUUAACAUACAAAGUAAAUAACAAAGUAAAUUGAAUAAGAUACAAAAAUGAAAAAUAUAAAAAAAAAACAUUUUAACUCAGCCUUACAAAAAAUGUAGAUAAAUACAAAAUAAUACAGUGAAUGAGUUUACAGUCCUGAGUGUUUCUGCAGGAAUGCAAGACCCAAAAUAAACCAAUCGCCCCCUCAGGGAUAAUGAAGACGCCUUAAAAUGUAAACAUUAGAUGAUGUAAACGUAGAUAAUACAAUUGAUCGCUGCUUUGGUCUGGUGGCUGCACUGCUAGUUGUGGCUAAACUGCUAAUGCUACUUGUACCGUCAGCAGCGACAGGCUGUACAGACUCGCAUUUUCAUACUUUCUGCAUAAUCACUCGGAAAGUACUUCUUCAAAUGAUUAAAUAGAACUGUUGUGUUGCCGGUUUUUGAGGCCACCGAUGGCCAACAUACCUUGCACAUCGGCUUAAUUGCUCAACGUCACUUUGGAGAUACCUGAACUACCGCCACACAACCGACGUUGAAUAACUUCUCAACAGUAACAUCUUUGGAGGAUGACUCAAAGUCAUGGCUGACAUCUAUUUUGCUGUCCUCAGCACCGCAUUUAGCUUGCAGAAGUGAGCAGGAAAAGCUCGACUCUGAUUGGCUGUUGUGACGCACAUUUCCUCCAUGUUUGAUGAGUAAAUGUGCUCACAGCUGAUCACCGUGAUCGAACAGAAAUUUAUCACUAUCAUAUAAUCGCCCAGUCCUACAUGACAUGCUCACAGAGUCGUCACUCACUGGAGCUUUAAAGGCUGUGUAUUAAGUCUCUAGAGAGGCGAAUUUUCCCACAUCGUCCUCUACUAGAGCGGCCAAAAUUAUGCUCAGCAUCCAGACCUCAGGAAUAUUAGUUUUCCCACCUGUAUGGCUGACUUCAUAUCAGCGACUCCUCUGAGCUGAGGAGUGUCCGUGAGUGUCCGUGAUUGAAAAGACUUCGCUGGCCUCAGAUUACAAGUCGAGUAUUUGGUCCAGAAUCCAGUUUGUGAAAUGCAGAAGCAGAGGGUGUGGAUCAGCGUGCGCUCUGACACUUUGCUUCUCUCACACAGACUUACAAGAAAAAAGCUCCACAACAACUGCUAUUUUGGGGCAUGUUGUUUUUUUGGUAUGUGCUGAUUAAACAAUUGAGUUUCUGUUGUCUGUUUUGCAGGAAACAAAUGAAAAACUAGCUGUGAAAAUGUGCCGUCUGGAGCUCACACCAAGAAAUAAGGACAGAUGGAGCCGAGAAAUCCAGAUCAUGAAAAAGUUCGUCUUAUUUUUUCUCGUUUUCCCGACUUAAGACAGUUACUCUAUAAAGAUGUGUCCUGAUGUCCUGGCAGUGCCCGUGAACCACUAUUUUAUUAUUGAUUAAAGAGCAGAAAGAGCAGAAUUGAUGUCAAAUGAAAUGAAAUAGUGAAACAUGACAGUGCAGAGUCUGUUUCAUCAAAUAGUAAUACUCUCCUCCUUCGCUCUCGCUCAGGUUGAAUCACAUAAACGUCGUGACUGCUCGAGAUGUUCCAGACGAGAUGGAGUGCAUCGCCCUGAAUGAUCUUCCACUGCUGGCCAUGGAGUACUGCUCGAGAGGAGACCUGAGGAAGGUGAGGGGCUCACAGACAAGAAACCCGUUUGCUUUUAGGUGCUUUAUGAAACUUUCCCAGAAGGAUCUCAUCUCUUAACUCGACCAGAAAUCCAUAUUUAGCAUCUUAUCUCUCAUUUUAAUGGAAAAAGUUCUCCAGAACCUCUUUAAUACAAAUACCAAACCCUCCAGGCAAAGUUAGCAUCAUUCCUUCGUUCCUUUGUCACUUUAGUUUCAUAUUUCUCAUCUGAAAACUGCACGUAAGUCUUUGUUUUGACAUAUCAGAUUUCCGUUCAGCUGUGGAGAUUGAAAAUACGCUCACAGGCCAAAGUUCAAGGAGUGUCUCGCCUGCGUGAUCGCUAUCAGUGCAGGUCAAACCCAUGACUCACCUUUUCAGCAUCUCUGACUUGUUUUAUAUCAUCCAGCUUCUCUGCUUUGUGGUCGUUUUAUAUCAGGUCUCAGUUUGUGAAGUUUAAAGCCUGCAGAGCUGCGACCCUAAACUCCCUGCAGCAGAGUUUCUUUAGCUCAUCGUCGAGGCGCCUUAGACUGAAGACUGACUGUUUGUGUUUCCAGAUGCUGAGCAAACCUGAAAACUGCUGCGGUCUGAAGGAGAGUGAAGUGCUCUCGUUACUCAAUGAUGUUGGUACGUACACUCUUCGCCCAUGAGCUGCUGCUCCUUCAUUCAGACACGUCUCUUAUCGUCCGUUUGACUGCUCUUUCUGCUCCAGGAUCUGGUAUCCAGUAUCUGCACGAGAACAAGAUCAUCCACAGAGACCUUAAACCUGAAAACAUCGUGCUGCAAGACAUCAGCGGAAAGGUGACUGGACUCUGUCUGCUCUGUUGAUGUCUUUUUUUCAUUGAAUUGUAAUGAAUCGGUCUCAUAUUUGCUUCUUCUUCUUCCUCUGCAGCUGGUUCACAAAAUCAUUGAUCUGGGCUAUGCUAAAGACCUGGACCAGGGCAGUCUGUGCACCUCCUUUGUCGGCACGCUUCAGUACCUGGUAAUCAAACGGUUAAUUGUCUUAUCCUCAGCUGCACCUAAGUUUGUUUAACCUAAUCCUCUUCUAAUUACGUUUGAAAUCCUUUGAUCUUCUUAUUAUCUGUGUUUUUUUUUUCUCACUGAAAUUCAGAAUAAAAGUAAAAAUCUAGAUUUUUUUUGGUUCAAACUCUUCACCUUUUUCUCUCGUCAGGCUCCUGAACUCUUUGAGAAUAAGCCGUACACCGUCACCGUCGACUACUGGAGCUUCGGCACCAUGAUCUUUGAGUGCAGUUGUGGUUUCCGUCCGUUUCUGCACAACCUCCAGCCUGUGCAGUGGUAAGAUGACCCGGCAGAUUAAACCGUCUGACAGGUUCACUUUGUGCCCGAGCCUAUUUUACCAGACAGCCAUUGUCUGGAGGCUGUUUUGGUGUUUAUUUUAGAUUUAAGUGAGCUCAUUAGUCAGCCAGGAGUUACCUGGAUUCACCUCUCCAGAGUCAGAGUGUGAGACAUGAGGAACAGAUAGAGGGUGAGGUGUUGGAGACAGGUGGUGCCGGUGUAAUGAAAACAGCAGGAUGUUUGUUGUUGUAGUUUGGCAGCUUAUUAACACCUUCAGGAGUUGGAGCAGCACACAGUUGAAGGAGGAAGUUUCUUCUUAGUCGGUGUUGGGGUUUUUUUUUUACGGACACUCAGAGUCAUAUUUCAGUCAGACAAGGAAACAAAACCUCAUUCACACAUAUUUGCUCUGUCUCAGUGUGACUUACAGUUUUUAUCUCUAAUUUAUUUUCCGUAGAGCUCCAGAACUAGUUAGUUUUGCAUGCAAAGAUAUAAAACUGGAAGCAAACAGAAGCCUAAUAAGAAUAAGGGUGAUGUUUUAACCCUCAGAAUCCGUUCAUAUGGACUCGAGUUUCCAGUGAGAAGCUUUUUCCUGGUUUUCAUCAUCACUGAACAUGUUGUUUAAACACACAAAGAGGAACCUGGUUAUUUAUAUCCGUCCAUCUUCUUCUGCUCGUCCUGGAUCAGGGUGAUCUGAUGACUCCUGGCUGGGUAAAGGGGCAGCAGUCCAAACAAGACCUCCCUCUCCCCUGCAGCGUUUUCCAGCCCCUCCUAUAGGAUCCCAAGGUGUUCCCAGACCAGACGGGAUUAUAAUCCCUCCUGCUUGCUCUGGGCCAACCUGGAUGUACAUGAUAGAUAUUUGCAUCCCGGUCUCUCAGUGUGAUAUCUUUUUGUGUCAUCUGUAACGGAACAGAAAUAACACAAACGGUGUCGGUUUUCACGCCCCUCUCAGACGUGCGCAGUGUUCCUGAAAAUUCCCUGGAAUAACCCUGUACCUGCGAACAAACAUCUGAGUUUUUCACCUCGGCUUCACGGUAAAGUGCAGAGAGCAGCAGCAGCAAAUCUUUAGAAGCAGUACUCGGUUGGAAAUGCUCCUGCAGCGCAAAUAAAUAUCAAAAGUCGACAUUUUGCAAGUAAAAGGUCGUGAGAUGGCGGCGCGCUCGCUUCUCUGUCGAUACUGAUGAAGUUUAAUUUCUCGCCACGUUGAUGAGAAAAAACUGUUGCUAGAGCGUUCAUAUCUGUUUCGCUCUCCCCACUUUUUUACAUGAUGAACUCGCAAACAAACGCUUCUUUGAGUUAAGGUAGAUGAAGUUAAUGUGGGAGGGGGUGAGCAGCUUGUGGAGUAGUUAUCGUCCAUUUAUCGUUAUCGAGGUGAACUGAUCAAUAUAUCCUGAUAUUGAUUUGAGGCCAUAUCGCCCAGCCCUGAUCUAAACUCAUCUAAACUUUGAUGAUGUUCGUGUGAACAGCGCAGUCAAGUGAAAUUUUCCCUGGUUUGUUUCAGUCACCCUGAGUUUUUAAAAAAACAACAUCUCUGUGCAGAUCUGACUCCUCCUGAAGUCAGACCCUCUCGCUGCAGGUAGUUGGCAGCUUUCAGAAACUGUGGUGAAGAGGUAUGCAUGCCACAGUUUCCUGCUCUCUUUCAAAGCUCUUCAGGUUGCAAAAUCAGGUUUCUCAAAACUGGGUUAAGGGCUUAUCCCAGUUUCUGAAAUUGGGAUUUGAUGUCUGCAUGCCCAAAAACAAAACCAGGAUGCUCAAGUUCAUAAAAACCCUCAUUAUUUAUUUUGGCCUCAUCCCUAGAGUAACCCAGCAACUUUUGUUUGGGUGCAGCACAAAGUGGAGCGGCAGAGUUACAAAAGUGUGAGCAAACAGUAAAAGGAGGUUCAUGUUUGGGCUUAAAGUCGUACCUGUUGGUUAUUUCUGAGGGGAAAAAGUUCCUGAUUCGUCUGCUCUGACCUCUUUUGAAAUGGUUAAUUUUCCAUCAGACUCCUCCUCGGCCUUUUUUGCGAAUGAUCGUCUUUUCUCUUCUCGUCAUCAGGGCCAGCAAAGUGAGGAACAAAGGUCCGAAAGACAUCAUGGCUGUCGAGGAGCUGAACGGAGAAGUCAAGUUCUCCACACACCUCCCCUACCCCAACAACCUCAGCAGGUGAGCAGUGUGCGAGCGCUAAAAACACGCCACUUCACACGCUACAUCGUUGCCAAGUGACGGCUGAAGGAAAGAAGAAGAUGGACCCGAGCCACAGCCUUUGUGCUCCGAGUUUCUGCUGCCAGCUUCCCUCCUCUAACGUGGUUUCAUUGCUGUUUUCUAGGACUCUGCUGGAGCCCAUGGAGGCUCUGCUGCAGCUGAUGUUAAAGUGGGAUCCGGUCCAGAGAGGAGGAAAGAUCAACUCCGAUACCAAGAAACCCAUGUGCUUCGAAGUGCUGGAGCAGAUCCUGAGUAUGAAGGUGAGACCGACUGACUCGGUUCAGUUUUAGCAGCUGUCUGAUCAGAGCUGGAGCAGAUCUAAAUGACCUAAAUCUGCUGAGAGAUUUCCUUCCAGAGAUGUUUAAGGUCCAGAAGCUCCUCAGGCUUUCUCAGGACCUGCUGGACUGUGGGAAUAUUACAGGGUGUCUGUGAAAGGACUAGUAAGUAGGUACACACGCAUCCUUCUGUUUCCUUCUCCUCAGGUGGUCCACAUCCUGAACAUGACCACGGCUCAGGUCCACUCCUUUCAGCUGACCCCUGAAGAAAGUCUCCACAGUCUGCAGAAACGCAUCGAGGCGGAGACCAAGAUCGAGGUGGUGAACCAGGAGCUGCUGCAGGAGACGGGGGUGUCGCUGGAUCCCAGGAAACCUGCUGCACAGUGUGUCCUGGAUGGAGUGGUGAGUGGACUCUCACGCAGCUUCAGUUUUUUAUUCAAGCGCCUGGAGAUUCUUUGAGUCGCUGUAUUUGACCGUAACAAACCAAAACAACUUAAAAAAAAUCUAGGAAGUUUAUUUCGUCCUCAUCCGUCACUCUCUGUCUCCUCUCGCUGACAAAGCAAACAUUCGUGUCUCCCAUUGGAACAUUUACAGAGACAGGAGUAAGUGUGAAAAAGACGCUCUCUGUGCUGAGGAAACUAUAACGACACGGUGGAAGCUACACAUCCAGACUCGCACACUUGAAAUAAGAGCGUUCAGGGACUUUGAAUCAGGCUGUUAGUCUCCUCUGAAUAACAGGUGGAGUAUUUGCAGGCGGUGUUAAGCGGUGAUUUUCUUCUCUCGUGUGCAGAGAGGCUGGGACAGCUACAUCGUCUACCUGUUUGACAAGAGCAUCACCAAGUACUCCGGUCCUUUCAGCGCCAGACAACUGCCAGAUAAAGUCAACACUAUCGGUGAGGUUCUGAAACAAAAUCGCACCAGUUUGAAUUCAUUUACAAAAAAAACCAAACUACUGGUGUAAAGUUUCUGCUUUCAUCGCCUGUGUUGUCCUGUCUUGUUUUAAAAUUUCAUAUUUCAGCUGUAAUCCUUUUUUUGUCUUUGCAGUACAAGAAUCCAAAACUCAGCUCCCCUUGGUCGUGUUGAAGAAGGUUUGGGGUGAAGCUGUGAGUUACAUCUGUGGCCUGAAGGAGGAUUACAGCCGGCUCUUCCAAGGACAGCGAGCUGCCAUGUGAGUCAGAGGAAAACUGUGAAAAGUUUUUGAUCAUUUUUCUGUCGGCAGGCUGAUGCGUACGAAGAAAAAAAACAGUCCACGCACGUGUCGAGUAAAAGUAGGUGGAAAUGUAAAUCCGACUAUGAUACGAACUUCUCGACUUUAUGUUCAAAAGACAGCCAUCGUUUAGAUUUCCUGACUUCAUCGAAUGCGUCAUAAAAGAACCUUUACUCAACUAACAAACAUUUUAGAGGUUGAAGUUUGACUUUUAACUUUUCACUAAUCCGCAUCAGGAUGAUUUUUCAGCAAACUCACAGAGGAAGAUUUCUUUUUGCUGUUUAUGCAGGAAAACGGACUAAAGCCUCUGUGUCACUUUGUAUUCGCAGUGAUAUUGAAUUUUUUUUUGAGUUAAACGAUUGAACACUUCUCUGUGAGAUAUGGUUUAUUUUGUAGACAUAAAACAUCUAGAAGGGGUCGACCAGUAGUGGUUUUUUCAGGGCCCACAGUUAUGCCGAUCAGAAGUAGUGAAAAAAACUUCAGUUAGGGUUCACCAACUAGUAAUAGUAGUUUAUUUGUCCCGUAGGAAAAUUGAAUUGCAGCAGAUCACACAUUUGGCAUUUCAUCUAGAACAGUAUAGAUGAAAAAUAAAGAAUAAAACAGUAUGUAGACAACUUUCACACAUAAUUAACAGUAAAAAAUAAGUAACAUCAUCAUAAUCACACUUCCUAAGUCUCAACUUUAACCUGAUUAGACCAGCUGAGCAGGCUGGAGGUGAAUAACUAUGGCUAUUUGUUAUUAAGGCAUUUAAUGGCCUGCAGCACAAAAGAAAAUUUUGCUCUGUUUUUAGUAAACACAGGGGGGCGAUAUCGUCACAAGAGUGGGCAAAGGGGUGCCUUUGGUCACCUAUAAUGUUCCUUGCCUUUUUCCCUGUCCUGUCUCUGUAGAUGUCUUCCAUACAUGGCAGAGUAGUGCCCAGUAACUUACUGGAUAUGGAUAUAAUUCCUCUAACCCUCUUUUCCUGUGCCUCUGUGGCAUUGCCAAACCAGCAGGUAAUACAAAAAGAAAGAAUGCUUUCGAUAAAAACGCAGUAAAACAUUUGGAGAAUUCUUCUUUCAACAUUAAAAGACAGAAGUUUCUCUAAGUGGAACAUUCUUUGUUGAGACUUAGUACAGAUUUGAUCUGUCCUCUUCUCCCACAUAAGCUUACAGUCAAGCACGAUCCUUAAGUAUUUAAACUCAGAGACUUGUUGAAUUGGCUUUCCCUUGAUUAAAGUUACUGUAUUGUAGUUGAUUACUUAACCUACCAGUCCAUACUGUGGGCAGUUGUCAACUAGUCGAAUAAUCAAUACCACAGGAGAGGGGCUGACCUCGGCUCUGACGUGUGGCUUUUGUUUAGAAGAUUCAUGCUCAUGUUUUUUUCCCGAAGAUAAAAAGUGAGUAUAGAGAUUAACUGAGACAAACGAAAAACAGAAACUGGAGGUGAAGACAGACCAGCAGAGGAGCUGAAGUUACAGAACUUUUGGCCAUCUGUUUGAUGAAGAGGUUAAUACAAAUACAGAUACCAGCCCUGAUUACCAACACCAACAGAUGACUGGUCUUCCUCUCAUAUCUCAUGUUUUGGUCUUUAUUUCGAGAGGACAGGACUGUAGAUAGAGCAGGGAGCGACGUGCUGAAGCUGAACUCAGUCCCUCUUCAGUUAUGGGGGGAGCUUGGACCCCUAGACCAGCAGCGCCCCUGCAGACACGUCUAGGAUGAGCUGCCUCUCAAGUUGCAGCAUUGUCUCUAUGUCCGUAUAGAUAUUACAGCACAAGUCAGAGGAGGCUUCGUCUGCAUCCCUGCCUCACUCUCUACUCGCACUUUUCUACCUGUGAGCCAACAACCUCUGAUGAUUUCACGUAUUCAGAGUUGGUUCUUAUAUGAAAAGCUCAUUCAGGACCUCAGCUGCUCCCUUUGCUGCCAGCGUAGUUUCAGUCCUGUAAAAUCGUGGUCAUUUUACUGCAGCAGGACCACGGGGACUAAACUCAGGUCUGCUGUAUCGGAAAGCUUCAAAAGGAGUCGAAUAAACUUCACGAUCUCCUUCCUCCCCUCUAGGUUGAGUCUCCUGCGCUACAACACCAACCUGACCAGGUGUAAGAACAGCAUGUUCGGCUUCUCUCAGCAGCUGAAGGCCAAACUGGACUUCUUCAAGAGCAGCAUCCAGUACGACCUGGAGAAAUACAGCGAUCAGAUGCACUACGGCAUAUGUGAGUGUUCACUGGCAGCUGCUUGUUUUCUUUCCAUGCAUGACCCUGAAUCGGGGAACGUUUACAUACGCGGGUACUUUUAUAGCUCUGAGCAAGAUGGUGUUUGUGUUGACGAGCUGUCUGUGUUUGUCUGAAGCGUCUGAGAAGAUGCUGAAAGCCUGGCAGGAGAACGAGGAGCGAGCUGCUGCUUUUGCCCAGGUAACACAUGAUUUCCAGCACACCUACUCAAAGCCACGGUUAGAUAAUAUUUAUGGUAAUCUUAUUUCUACAUCUUUUACUUGCAUAUUCUCUGGCCUGCAGGUCAAAAGGUGACGAUUUAAUCGAAUCCUUGUGGCAUUAAAUGAGCGUGCAGGCUCCUCUUCUUUUACUCAAUGUUUUUUGAACGUUUCUGCACCUACAUGAUGAUUUCUGCAUUUUUUUUCCCACAUUUUUAUCAUCUACAAAUACUUAUAAAAGAUUUUUAGCAAAAGAAACUAGUAGUUUGAUUCCUGGUUUGUCCUGCAGGUGGCAGAGGUGAGCCACUUGGACGAUGAGAUCAUGGCCCUGCACUCAGAGAUCGUGGAGCUUCAGAGGAGUCCGUACGCUCGACGGCAGGGAGACAAGAUGGAGCAGCUGUGAGUGUUUAACUCUACGAGAUGUCAUCAGUAAAAAGACACGUUCAAAACUUUUUCUCAUUUAAACAAAAUUCAGUGUCUAAUUAAGAUUGAGAAACUCUUAAUAACAAGAAUAAAUGCAUUAUACUAAUGCUUUAAUUUACACUUUUUAACCUCUUAUAAGUGGAUUAUUAAAGGGAUAUUCUGGCAUAGAAUUAAUUUAGGGUCAAACACACCAUAACACCGAGUUAGACACCCUGUUGAGAGAUGAGUGUUGCCGACCGCUUGCUUCUCUAUUUAUACCAACUUUGGUAACGACCGCACGAUAGCAAUACACAGCGGUCUGAGGAGCCAUAAACAAACCUCAACUAAAACGCCACUCUAUAGCCACAAAUAAUGCUCAGAACAGCACCUAACUUCAUCAACAGGACAUAUAGGGUCACAGACAUAGUACUAGACACCAAACAUCUUUUUAACUUUGCCUAAUUUCUUUAGCUAAGAGACUAAACACAACUCACCUACUCUCUUCCAGCAGCCGUUUGUUUGUCAGGAAGCCCUGACGAGACGAUCACCGAGUGCAGCGAAUCAUUUCCUUGAAUUAAUAAUCACCAUAUUAAUCAUUUUUCACUGCAGACGUGGUAGUUCUUCUGCCUUAGCGUCUCGGUCUGAUUGCAUUUCCAUGAAGUAAUGAUCAUAAAUGUUCUUCCUUGAGCUGCGAAACUCCGCUGCACUCAGUGAUCGACUCGUCAGGGCUCCCUGAAUCCCUAAAGAGAUUUAAUUCAUAUUGAGGUUUUUUAUGAUCCACAAAAUCAGAAAAAAAGAACAAGCAGAAACAUAAUUGAUGAUUUUCUUGAUUUGAUCUUUAAUGCCUGUAGCCGGUGUGUGUGUGUGUGUGUGUGUGUGUGUGUGUGUGUGUGUGUGUGUGUGUGUGUGUGUGUGUGUGUGUGUGUGUGUGCGCGUAAUAUUUACAAUAAAACUGAUGAGAAAACAAAGAUUGCAAAGACUGCUUUGUCCACCAGGGGGCGUCAAAUUAAAACAGAUCAAAAGUCCCUCACAGGAUCUUUAAAUCGGAUGUUUUUAAUCUUCUUUCAGAGAAGAAAAGGCGAUCGAGCUCUACAAGCAACUCAAGAUGAAAUGCAAAAGUAAGAACUGCUCUGACUGUUCAAAUUAUUGAUCACUUUUUAAACGGAAUGAACCGUCAAACUGAAACUUGUGUUUUUCUGUCAGACCCUGAGACCGACGUGAGCAGUGACAGCUCUGAGAUGGUGAAGGCGAUCAUUCAGACCGUCCAGAACCAGGACAAGGUCCUCAAAGACCUGUACACACACCUGAGGUCAGAGCUCACAGUUUGUUCUCUGUAUUAAACUCACUGAGGCGCAUCUGUGGUUCUUCAUGAUCGUUAAUGCGCCGAUUCGUCUCCACAGUAAGAUCCUGAUCAGCAAACAGAAGAUCAUCGACUUGUUCCCUCGCAUUGAGAAAACUCUGGAGAACAUCAAAGACGCCGACAACACCGUGAUGCAGAUGCAGAUCAAGAGGCAGCGAGAGUUCUGGCAUUUACUCAAGAUCGCCUGCGUGAGUCUCUCUGUGUUUUCUACUCCACGUCAGAGCAGAUCAGGGUCAAGCAAAACAAGCGAUCGAAGCGUUUCAGACUUCUCUGUAGCCCAGAGAUCGUUUAGUCCACAAUAUUUAAAAAGAUGAAGAAUGAAACGUCCUGGAGAUGCAGAUGAAGAGCCGGAAUGGAUCGAUCAUGUAGCAGCUCUACAAACAAGCUGUGUACGGUCAUAAACACAGAGAGAGCAGGAGGAAAAACAACAUGUGGUAACUGUUAAUGCAUGUGCCAACUUUUCUUCUACUCCCUCUCAAGGCUCAAAACUCAUCAAGGAACUCGAUAGCAGCGAGUCCCGAGUCCUCCAACCUGCUGCAGGUCUCUCAGUGGUCACAGUCAGCACAACCAGUCAGCUCCCCUCACCCCCUCACAUCCCUACCUGGGCCAAACGACAGGUAACUCACUCACUCACUCAUUCACUCGAAGGCCGUGUUUUCCUCUGGCCUCUUAGAGGAAACAGAAACAAGCUGGAAACCCUUCACUGCACCGAUUUCACAAGACUGUGACAUUUCCGUGAACUUUUUAGCCGACAGAGACAGAAACAAACAUUUCUCUGGAGUUAAGUUUCCUGAACCGAGUGAGAAAUCUGCAUUUAGAGGUUUCAUUUUGUGUUUGCAAAUGAUUUAACCCGUUCAGACAUCUUCAGGUCAGUGUGUGAGUGAAAUACAUCUAUUUUUGAACAGAGUUGUCUUUAUUCUUUCACUAACUCAGUAAAAACUACACGUCGUAGUUUUCAGUGUUUUAAAAUAGUUCCUUAUAAAUGAGGCUGAAAGACGAACAAAUGAGCGUUUCUCUGGAAAACGGAGCAACAUAUGAUGAAGGUUUCUUGUGAUUCAUUCAUGACUAACUGAUUUAUAUUCAUCCCAUCAGUGAUGCCGCGCCACGUCUGCUGCAGGAGAACCAGAAGUACCUCAGUCAGCUGACCAGCCUGAUGCAGGAGGCGGCGGACGAACAGACCAAGAGCAUAGUGGUGAGUUUGACGUCUGGACGAGUUGGUCGUGUAAAUUUCCUCGUUAAACUAACAGUGCAGUCUGUAACUCUCGAUUUGGCGAACUCAUUCCUGUUUAACACUCCUCACUCUCCGCUUUUCCUCUUUAAAGGACCAAGACUGGAGCUGGACAAAAUACGAAACUUUAACGACAAAAUUAAAAAAGAGAAACGCGUAAACCCCGUCGAGUCCUCCAUCCCCGCCUGUUGCCCUGAGUAACACUAAAGACUGUCAGCUGUCACUAACACAGCCGAGCGGUGUCAGAGGUUGUACAGUUGUACAUGAACUCCAGAUAUUCCCCUAAAAACCUGCUCUCUUCGCCCUCUUUGGACAACAAAAGAAAAAACACACUCCUGUCGUCCAACAUGGUGGAGAUAUUCUUGUUGAACAUGAGAAAACAUGAAGCCGUGUCACUCCACCUUUUACUUUUGCAGCAUCAUCAUUCAUAAUAACCAUUUCUACUGUUAUCGAGCAAACUGUAGCACCAGAUCUGAGGACGUGAGGUGGAUUCAUGACGUGGGAGAGAGUCGGACACAAACAUGGGAACUAGUUCAAACUUUGACAUAAAAGGAAAACACAGGAAGUGGUCGGGGGGUGGGGAUAGGGGUGGGGGGACGAGGAGGAAAUCACAAUCAAGCAAACAGCACUUUGAUACUCCCAUGUAUCCUCUUCUACAUGAAAACGUUCCAGGCUGCCAAAACAGAGACAAAAACUGUUUCAUUUGUUUUUUUCGCUCAUAAUCAGUUUGUAUAUUUCAGCGUUCUCAGUCUGGGCUUUAGAGUUUCUGUAAAUGUUGUUUUGAUUUCUGUUUUUUUCUAUAAUUAAGUGAUAUAUAUAUAAAUAAAUAUAUAUAUAUCACAGGCAGAGAGGUCUUUUGUUAUGGUGUGUGUGACAGACGUGGCUGGCCAUCAUGUUUAUAGGAUGUCUAUUUUAAAUGUCUGUAAGAUCCAGAGGGGGGUUUCUUUGUCUCAAUUAUGUGCACAAAAUAUUUCACUGUGGGGUCUGCACCAUAUUCAUGUCAAACGGAGUCUGAAUUUAGAGCGGGGGAGGUCGACAGAUCGCCUCAGUGUCACACAGGAACUCGAUUUCAUAGAGAUUAACAGCUGAUGGCGACACACAACAAGACUGCCUGAAACAUUUAAAUUAAAGAGAGCUCCUCAAGUCCCAACAAUUAAUAUCGAUUGUAUAAUUUUUCUUCUUGCACUCUUUAGGGAACAUGUUCAUCAUCGUAAAUGAACAAAUGUGCGCACAAGUUAUUCACCCACAAAAAAAGAGGGUUUUAUUUAUAACAACAAGUUAUCUUGUGCUAACAAAAGUUCGAUACUCUGACUGUUCUGUGCAAAUAAGUUUUAAUUUUAGGAGAACAGAAAAUGAUCUUGUGCCCCUUAAAAAAGUGAAUAAUCUGCACACUGUAGAUUUCUUUAGCACGCAGUUUAAGACACGAUGUUGUGCAAAUGAUGUAAUUGUGAGCGCAAGAUAUUUAAGUGUGCAAACAAGAAGGUUCAUCUUUUCCAUUUUCCACACCAUCGAGUUAUCUGGUUUGUAAAAGAUAUUUACCCGUGCACGUCGGAUGAUAAUAAGAGGGCAUGCAGGUUAAUAUCCUGGGUGUGCAAGAUACUUAAUCAUGUGCACAAGAAAAUCAAUAUUUCCCCACCAGAUCUUAAUCUAUACAUGCAAGUUUAUAUCUUGUGUGCACAGGAUAAUAACCUGUUCCCCCACAAUAAUAACUUACACGCACAAGAUAAUUUUACUUUCUGCACAAGAUAAUACAGUUUAACACAAGAUAUCAACAUGUGCAUGCAAGUUGAUAUCUUCUGCUUACAAGAUACUGCUCCCACAAGAUAAUUAUUCAUGCACACACGAUAACUACAGUAUAUUUUGCCCGUAAGAUGAACCUUUCCCUUUAAGACGAUGUGCAAAUUAAUAUUUAAAAGAGGUGAAGUCACAUCUUCAUGAAUAACAGGAUUAUUCACACAGUAACACAUAUUUUUAGGCCCCCCCCUUGAGCCUUUAGUAUUUGUUUGGGUAGAGCGUCAAACUGGGCACUUUAUAAGGAUUUACUGCACAAACAUCUGUUCGCUGAAAAACUUUCAAUCCUCUCAAAGAAAAGGAUUUGUUUACCUGAUUUAUCUCUGAAUAAGUGAAAGAAACGGUAACAGAGGAUAACCGUCAUUAUUCGUGAAAACGGCAUCAACAUGCAGAGAAUUAUGACAUCCGAGACCCACGGUCAGUCAAUGAGAAUAUUAGAGAAGUGUAAUCCGAGUGUUUUUGGUCGUUUUGUUCUUGAUAAGCAUCAAAAUCUGUUCAUACAUCAAUCAUAACAGCAGGAAACUGAGACCCUGACCUUUUCUGAUCCAUUUGACAUGAAUGUGUAAUAAAUGGAGGUGUGACACUGCCUGGUCUCCUUAAAACAUCGGUGCAUAAAAGAACAGCCCACAUCCUCCAGAUUGAGUUACAGUGAAAUGAUGUGGUUGAUUAAGUUUUGGAGUUUUGACAGAAAUCAUGAAAGUGACUGUUAGACUAUCAGAAACUCCAUCCUGUCGGGUUGAAGCUGAAUCGCCUCGUGGUUUCCUUUGAGAGAAAUCAAACCUUCUGGGUUGUAUUUAUGCAGUUUAAGUGCAAUGGAGGAGAGAGUUUCUUUGUAUUUAAGUAACAUGUUUUUAUUUUCAGUCACAGUUUCGUCUUUGAAUGUUUGAUUUCUAAAAUUUCAUUGUGUAAAGAUCAAAUGUUUGCCUGGUAAUGAAAUAAAAAGACUUUGGCAUGAUCUCA